AUGAAGGCCUACAAUUGGACUUGCGAGGUAACCGCUUCAUAAACAGAAGCAUGAUGAAAACUUACCCGGUCACUUACGUAAAUGAAAGCCAAUACUACUCGUCAACAAAACACGAAUUAACGAAGGCUCACUGACGGCAAAAACGAAUGUGAACAUUCACAAGGAUGAGGGGGAUGAGGAGGAGAAGGAGGAGGAGAAGGAGGAGGAGGAGAAGGAGGAGGAGGAGGAGGAGGAGGAGGAGGAGGAGGAGGGAAGGAGGUAUUUUGAUUAAGUAUCAUGACGCCUCCAGAGGUGAGCAAGCUUUUAAUGUCAAAAUAUAUUCUAACCUCUCCUAACAGAAAGUGAUGGCGAUGAUAAAAGCGCCAGCCAAUUGCUGGUGAAAAGCAUUUCGUUCGGAGUUGUCGGGAGGUCGAUGUGACUGCCGCAAGUGUCCUAUGCAGCUCUAGCGUGAUGCGUCUACCGUGAUCCUUAACCAGGUUAGAAGGUGACGACUGACUUACGCAAUAGCUUGAAGUUCACUACAGGCCCUCCCUGCCAACUGGCUUCCUCGAAGUACUUCUUAUGUCAUAGGGACCUAUGGUAACUCCACCCCGCAUGCCAGGUCUCCAUUAUUACCCCAACUAAUCCAUCACACACCCAGCCAGUUUUUUCGGCACCAUCAAAGACGACCGCGUGCGCGAUCGUGACAUUGUUAUCUGUCUGGACAUACAAGGAAUCCAUUCUUGCACGGGUUUAUUGCGUUUGUUAUCACCUUGCCGUCCUUUCGACAUAGUCGUCUUGACACCCAUGGUCUACAAUCAAAUGAACAGCACUUCCCUAUCGCAACAGCCUACGCGAGAGUGAGACGCUGGCAGAGGAAAGUGCCUCCGGCGCAAGUUUGAGUCAAUGAACGUGUCAACACGCCUUUACCAACGGCACGUCUGACUCAGCUUUGAAUCUGAUUGGCCAGUUGCAAGACCGAGUAUGUGAACGUCGCACAGUUGUGGUGCGUAUGCACUCGGAGUAGGGUCAUCACGCGUGCUCCCUCCCAGACCGCAGUUUGGGUGAAAAAGCCGAGCAAAUGUAGGACAACUAGAUUGGGUGAAGGCCAAACGUACCGACGGUACUAUUAUCGGCAGCAUGGGAGGCUGCAACUGGCGGGAAGGGACCAGGACAAAAGGAGCGGCUGCAGAAAGCCGGUAGUGGACUUGUUGAUUUGGACGGCGUCGGCAAAUCCGUGUGGCGUGUCGAUAUUUGUUGAACUAAGUGAGAAAAUAUCACUGGCAGUAGGUGAAGUUAAACAGUGGAUCAUGGGAGGGCGUCCGGAUUCUGGCAUUGGUUACUGGCCUCCUCUGUCAGAUAGGAUUGCAACCGUGGCCCCGAACCCGAUGGGUCGGGGUCGUAAAAGGGCAUUUGGCAACCUUCAAGACAGGAUUCGUUUUACUAAAUUCUCCGUAUCAUGCUCACAUCAAAGGACGCAGUUAAUUUUUGCAGUUGCGUGUUCACACAACGUCGGGGUCACCAGUGUUGCAAUAUACAGUUUAAGUUCUAACGAGGAGUACUUCUCUAAAUCUUAAUCCAACAGGCAAAUGUAGAGGAUAUUCGCUAAACAGCAGCGGGGAACGAUGACGUUGGACAAAUGCAAAGCAUGAAGAUCUGGUCGUAGACUGUGGAUUUUCCUGCUGUUGAACUUAUUUUUAUAUGUGUUUUAAAAGGCUUGCUAACCGCCCGAUUUUUGGAAUAACAGCUGGCCCUUGCGAUAACUUAUAUUUUGUCCUCAUUGGCUGCCCUGCAAUAUGCAGUAGCAUCCAGGGUAUUCUUCUCUUUACAACAGACAGGGACCCCAGAAAUAAUAGAUGGCCCUGCUCCUACGGGGGAUUAGGACUGUAAUAAAUAGUGUCCGAAAAUGAACAAACUUACGAGGUCAGUUUCCUGAAGCAGGAGACACAAUCGCUGGAUCAAGAGAUUUUUCAGCCUGACGUUUCGGAUUCCUGCUCGAACCCAUCAUCAGGGUCAAAAGCAGAUACGGGUCUGCUUUUAUCUCAGUUUUUGUCUCUGAUGAUGGGUUGGGGCAGGAAUCCGAAACGUCAGGCUAGUAACGCUUUUGACCAAGCGAUCGUGUCUUCUUCUUCAAGACUGCUUCCUGAGACUCGUCUCUUCGCUUCUAGAGGACAGAUUCCGUUGGUUAAUGCCGCCGAUAUAAUGAGUCAAGGCGAGGGCUGGUAGCAUCCGAUCACCUGCAUUGCAGCCUUCUGCGCAUGUUACUCAACAUUAACCCGACGGGCGUCAUGUUCUCACAAACCAGUUCUUGAUUACCGACUGAACGAGGAUUCGUUCGUCGAAACAAGAAUUUCACUCGUCUGAGGCUUUAGAUCACACGAAAACCCAUCGUCAGGGGCAGCCUCAGGAAAGGGUACGGAGCAGAAGAGGUUACAGUUUUCACGCCCAUUAUAGUUAACAGCUCCCGCACGCAUCUACAGUGAUCGUCCAUAAUGUGGGGUUUGUACGGUCGACUGCGUCCUAGUCGUUAAUUGCCAAGGUUUCAUCAUUGGUGUUGAUUAGAUGCGUGACAAUAACUCGGCAAUUUGACUCGCUGAUGCUGGCACUGGGAACGUUAUUCGUCCGCGCUAUCUCCGCCCGGCCAGGAAAGGGUUCAGCCCUGGUUAUGGAGAGGGGGCAGAGGGUCAUUGCGCCUGUGAGUGGUUGGAGUGAGAAUCUGAAACGCCAGGCGAAUAAAAUUCUUGCUCCAACGUCCCCAUUCCCUACUUCUCAGACUUCUAUUUGCUUCUGUUUGACCUUGUCGAAUGAAACAGAAGUUAAACAGCUGAAUGAGAUGGAUUCACGCUUCAGGAACUGCUCCGUCAGUUACACAAGCGUAACUGAAAUGUUCGAAGUACUUGAAGUAAAAGGCUUUUGAUGUCAAGCGACACGAUCACUGCAUUUACGCUGACUCGUAAUCUGUUGUUCUUCUCCGGAAAUGUACAACUGUGAUGUCAUGUGCAUCUGACAAUACUUCACGAAUUUCAGAUGUCAAAACGUUAGUGCCCACUUUUUAGACAGUUCGCAGAACCGUGUCCCGACAAUGUGUCUCAGUUUAUUGGCCAUGCUUUUAGCUGUUGACACCCAUUCGUCUUACCGGAUUCAUGCAGACAAUCUUUUGGGAUAGGGAGCCAAUUGUUUCAUUUAUAAUCGAAAAGUCAGUUUGGCAAACACGUGUUUUCGAUAACUCGUCAUCAGGCAAAGGUGAAAAGAAAUUGAUCUCGAGUUCUAUUCUCGCAUUUCUUGUCGAUAGGAAUCACCGAGUCGAUGCCAAAGAAGCCGUUCAGGUUGUCUACUGGACACCAGCAAGCUUCUCCGGAGGCCUAUGCCAACGGGCGCUAGCUACAGCCGAGGCAGUGGCUAUACGGCUAGCGAAUCCAAUGCUGUGUUGUCAGGAGACUUUGACACAAGCGCUCUGUAUUCUGUGGCCAACGCCGACCCCAACGUCGCCCCAACCUCCUGAUGCCAAGGUGUGUGCACAAAAUACACGACGUACUCACAGCCUAUACUCCCCCUCUUCCUCGCCCCCUGAUUGUACGUCGCCCCAACCUCCUGGUGGCACUGCUGUGUGCUCAACGUACCUGACUUACAAGCAUCACUCACAGCCUAUGCCACCCCUCCCCCUAGUCCCCUUGGCCCAAUGA